GACAGUUUAAACACCAGAGGUUUUUGAUGGACUGAAUCUGAAUUCAGAGACAUGACUCCCCCUGUGGUGGACGAGACAGCAGGGGACCUCCCUGUCAGGGACGUUGGACUGUCAAGGAGGGGACUGAUUCCAAUAGUCCAAGACACUAAACAGGAUUUAAAGCCAUGGAAAAGGAAUCAUGUUUUGAAGACCAAAGACACUCAGCGCCUGUUUCGGUUUCCCAGAGAGCACCUGGAGGACCUGUGUCUUCGACUCCAAGAAGAAAACAGUGUGCUAAGACAACACACUCGUACACAGGAGCAAAGGCUUCGCAGAAUGUCCACCAGACUGAUGCGUCUUCACCAGGCCCGACCUGGGUCCAGCGGUAUGAAGGAGAGGGGCAUGGAGGACACCAUACAGGAGCUGGAAGCCCAUGUGGCUAUGCUAGAAAGCCAGAAAAGGGUCUUACAGAACAAACUGAGCCUGGCCAAGCAGCACAUUUUAGACCUCGGAGGACGCACACAAUACAAAUUCAGUAAAGGUAAAACCAGGGACAUGGAUGAUGGAGUCAAGAGAGCACCUCAGACUGCCCCGCCCCGCUAUGGCCCUAUGUUGGAGGACACAAGAAUGGAGAUGGAGAGAUUUAGGCCGAGUGUGGCCGAGCAAGUGAGGAUUGCAGAACUGGAGCUGACGGCCCAGGCGCUCAGAGAGAGAGAAAGGGAGAUCGAGGAAACUGUGACUGAUUUAAGAAAGCAACAGUCUGAAAGACACAGAUUAACCAUAAGAGAUGACAUUGACCUGAUCCGUUUACAAAAGCAGAUGUCAGACAAGAGCACAGCCCUAAAGGUCACCCAGGAGAAGCUGAACAACAUGCAAGAGGCCUACGAGGACCAGCUCCAGGAGAGUCAGAGAUCACUGAGAGAAAAUCAGGAAGCUCUCCUGGACAAAGUGGAGGAACUGACAGAGCAGCUGAAGCAGGAGAGACAGAGAACACUGGCUCUUGAGGGUGAACUCACCACCUCCACUCUGUCUUCACAGACUGUUGACAAGCUACAGGAGAGAAUAUCCGAUCUGGAAGGAGAGAGGGAUCUAAUAAAGGAAAACUAUGACACUCUACUGGACAGAACUCUAGUUGCCGAAGGGAACCAUGUUGAACAGGUGGUGAAAGGUAGAGAGGAUGACCAGUCAAGGGGAGAGGGGGAAGAAACAUUUAGCAGGAUUAUCAUCCAGAGGCUUGAGGAGAAUCUGCAAGCAGAGAGGGAGGAGAGAGGCAGGCUGAGGAUGGAAAAGGAGGACCUGAGACGAGAGAAGGAGUCAUUAGCGGAGCAGAGGGGGAGAGAAAGAGAGUUUUCUGUGACGAUGAAACAACAACAUCUAGAACAAGAGGUUCUCCAUUACAAAGAGCAGAUUUCCUCUCUGCAGGGCAGACUGGACUCUGUCACUCAGGAAUUUGAUAUGAGUGUGGAGGAGCUCAGUGAAGUACUCUUGCAGAUCAAGGCGUUUAGGUUCCAUCAGGAGAGCAGAGCAAGACUGGGUUUUCUCUCUGCUGAUGGGAAGAUGGAAGAUUCUCUAUAUGAGACUACACAUAUCCAGGCGUCUCAUGCUGAAACUGUUCUGGAAUUACAGAAAACUAGAAACCUUCUUCACCUGGAGCAUAGUAUCAGUAAAGACCUGCAGGAAGAACUGAACACAGCUAACCAGAAAACUGAGAAAGACAAAGAAGAGAGCAGGAGGAGGAUGGCCGAGAAAGACAAACUUUUAUCACAAUGUUUGCUUCAGAUCAACAGCUUACAGGCUCAGAAGAGAGAAUAUGAUUAUGGUCCCAAGUCGACCAUACCUCUACAAUACACCUGGCCCACUGGAAACCUGGAGGGGGUACAGCCAGUCGAAGACAUCCCCUAUUCUCAACUGAGGUUUGGAGAGUCCCUGUUAGAGAUCCAUCUGAAGGCGGCCACUUUCACUCCAUCAGGGCUCCGUGCUAUGGGCAGAAUCCACUCAGGAGGUGAAGACACAGUCACCUUCUGCACCUACAGCCUCUUGGACUUUGAGACGCACUCCACUCCUCUGGUUUCAGGAAGCCAACCCAGCUACAGCUUCACCUCACACUAUGCUCUGACAGGCUGCGACCUGUGCAGGCUCGAGGGUCAAGGGUCAAGGGUCAGAGUGGAGCUCCACCAGGCAUUAGGAGGAGUCAGGUUUUUGACCCAUGGAAGUGGGGAAAUGUCCCUCACAAGUACUAUGGAAAAGAGAGGGGAGCGAAUAAAUAGAUGCACCAACAUCAUUGGUUCUGAGGGUGAAAUUGUCGGUGUUUUGGAGUUUUGGGUGCGACUGUUCAAUUCUGCUGCACCCAUUGAAACUGUAAGAGAGAGAGGGAUUGAAAGAAGAACAGCUUUACAGAGUCCUCAGCACAUCUCUCCUGACUGGCAAGAUGCUGCUUACGAGGAGCUCUAUGAGUACGGUGGGGGGAUCCCUAAUGAGUUGGAAGUCAUGUUGGAAUACUGUGUCGGUCUUAAAGCUCGCUGGCCACUUCUUCCUCCUGAUGCCUAUCUGACAUACCGGCUCUACGACCUGCAGCCUCACGUCUCUCAAAGAAUCCGCUGCACUGUGGACCCGGGGUUCAGUGACACUGCCAGCUACCCAUUAGCAGUUACAGCUGAUGUUCUGCACUACCUGAGGUCCAGCAGUCUGUGGGUUUAUGUGUUUGAUAACAGUGCAGACCGGAUACCACCAACCUAUAUUGCCAAGACCCCCAUCCCACUGCGAGUCCUUGCUUCAGGCCAAGACAUCAGAGGUGACUAUGUCCUAAGAGAUCCAUCUGGUAUACCUCGAGGCAUGUUCAGGGUCAUGAUCAGAUGGAAGCACCCCUUACAUCCAUCUUUGGACUCUGCACUGGGAAGACGAGGAAGAGAGGACAGAGGACUGGAGAGCAUUGAUAGCAAGGAGAGGAGGAGGAGGGAGGCUGAAAUACCCCUGACACCCAAAACAAGGCCAGGUGUUAAGCCACGACUAUUCAAACACAAAAGGUCAGAAAAUGUACGACCUGAGCGUCCCGUCUCUGUGACUCCAACGACCGACUGUCAGUCCACAUACCAGAAGAGAUCCACCAAGACUUCACGCCACAUUCACCAGGGGACCCCACAUCUGAAACCUGAGGCAGGACUGGCUUAUGUGGCAAAAAGGAGAUCCUCAGAUGGAACUUCUUCCAAAGUGUUGAGACAAAGCGUUUCCAGCGAUGCCAGGACUGAGGGUCAUUUGUCCAUGGAGGAGGAGGAGAAGGAGCAGAGAGAGAGCAGUGAGAGCGAUGCUCCAGAGUCUUCAGAGACGAGCUCCUCACAGAGCGACAUUCUCAUCGUUCCACCGAUGCAAAACAUGAAGAAGGGAAUCAACCUGAGAGUGGAGAUUCUGUCCCUGAAGUUUGAACCUACCUCACAUGUGGCGCUGGACAAGUCAGUGCAGCGUAUCUAUGUGGAGUAUCGACUGUUGGGCAUCCCAAUGGAGACUACAGAGACCCCUAUGUCCCUCCGAAAACCAGUGAAGGGGGAGGAAGUCCACUACAAUUUCACACGAGUGAUUUAUGUGGACGGCUCACAGGCAGCUCCACUCAGACAGUACCUCUACACCAUGAUGGAGGGCACUGACCCCAACCAGGGCAGGUUGAAGUUCACAGUCGUAAGUGAGCCGAUGGACAACGACCACGAAUGUGUGGACGUUGGGUAUGCCUUCCUGAAUCUACAGGAACUGCUGCUAACAGGAAAUGAUGUCAUCAACCAUCAGCUGGACAUUGUGAGCGUGGAUGAAGAAACAGAGGUGAUCGGGAAUCUAAGAGUAUCUCUGGAAGCAGCAAAGACUCUGACUGGGAUAUACCACGAGUUCUGUAAAACAAAGGAGACUGAAGACACGACUGAUGGAGAGGAACUAGACGAGGAGCAGAAGAGAGAGGAGGAGAAGAAAAAUCAGGAAAUCCAAGUGAUCGAUUAUGAUUAUGAUAGUGACUUCUAAUUAAAACAUCAGAUAGAACUGUGAAGCAUGAAACAACAUUCAUCUGAAAAAGGAGUAACUCUAUGCAUUAAAACAGU